AUCUCUUCUAUUUACACACAAAGACAAACAUGCAGGCAUCCAUUGACACAUUGAUACGAUUUUGACUUCAUUCAUCGCUAAGUCAUUGACAUCAGAACUGAAGAGAGGAGCAGAGCUGGCCAUGUGCAAUCAGGUGAAUGUGACCACCAAUAUCCCAGAUGUGUUUAUAAAGCUUUUGUGCAAUAUCAACUUCCUGAACUUUUGAGGACUCCAUUGAACUCUCUCUGCUUGCAAAUAAAAUGUCUCCAGGUUGGAAGCAUUGGAGAGUUCUUGUCAGCAGCUUUGCAACCACUGGAAUCAUUGGCUAUAAUAACAAGCUAUAGAUGACAGGUCCAAAAUGCCAUUCAUUUUCUUAAGAUGAUAGGUGCAUUGGAGGAGAAGGAAAAUCUGACAAAUCUUGGAAAGUUUUUGUCAAUGCUUCCAGUAGAUCCCAAGCUAGGGAAAAUGCCGAUCAUGGGUGCUCUCUUCCGUUGCUUUGAUCCUGUUUUAACAAUAGUUUCUGGGCUUAGCAUCAGGGAUCCUUUCCUUUUGCCUCAAGACAAAAAGGAUGCAAGUAAAUAGACAAUUUAGCUUGGACAGCAAAGUCUAGAUUUUCUGCAGAAGACUACAGUGAUCAUAUGGCUCUAGUACGUUCCUAUGAAGGUUGGAAAGAUGCAGAAAGAGAAGGAUCAGCAUUUGAGUAUUGCUGGAGAAAUUUCCUGUCUGCACAAACUCUUCAGGCCAUCCAUUCUCUUAGGAAACAGUUUAGCUUCAUUCUAAGAGAAGCUGGCUUGGUGGAUGCAGAUGUAAGUACCAAUAACAAAUUGAGUCAGAACCAGUCCCUCAUCCGUGCAGUCAUAUGCUCUGGCCUCUUUCCUGGAAUAGCAUCUGUGGUGCAUCGAGAGACAUCUAUGUCUUUCAAAACAAUGGAUGAUGAUCAAGUUUUACCAUAUGUUGGAAGCAUACAAUUGACUUGAGUAAUUUUAACUUUAAAGGAAGAAUUGUAACCAUUCACAUAGUGGAAAAGAACUCCAAAAAAUGAAGGCUGGAAACAUUAAAGUAACGUUGUCUAUACAUUCUGGUUUUAAUCUAAGUCCUGUCAAAUGAUUUUGCUUCAGAAUUCAGUGAAUUCACGUUAUCAAACAAUUCCUUACCCAUGGCUGGUCUUUGGUGAAAAAGUGAAGGUGAAUACUGUGUUCAUAUGUGAUUCCACUGGUUUGUCUAAUUCUAUUGAUGCUUUUUGGUGGUGCUCUAAGCCGUGGAGUGCAGGUGAUUCCAUCUUUUGUCAGAUAUUUCUGUUUUGUGUUGCCCCAGGAUUUAACUGCUAGGGAUUUUUAUUUAGAAACCUUCCUUUUUUGAGGCUGGGCAUUUGAAAA